GUAAACUGUGGUCGUUAUGUUGGUGGGCACGCAGUUUUUCAUCAAGCUUGUACUGAUCAUUCGAUGGCACUCAGUCUCGCCGAUUUCUCAGUUUGGUGCUACUUGUGUGAAUCAUAUGUCCACAAUGAAAUUCUUAUUCCUGCUAAAAAUGCAGCAUAUUGCUCCAAGUUUGGUGUUCCGGAUCCGCAGCAAGGGACAUCCUCAGAAGACAGCCAAUUGAUUGAUCAUAACUGA